UUAACACAUGAAUUAGCGACUAGUGAGUGUUCGGCAGCAAAGAAAAUGAUUGUUUUUCUUUUUGUUAUCACUUCAAAUAUACAUUUUGCAACCUGCAGAGAAUCAUCAAAGUUGGUGGUUGGACAGGUUGGAGACACAGUUACUCUCCCAUGUAAAUACGACAUUAACACCAAUGGCCCAUUGGGCGUUUGCUGGGGCAGACACCAGUCAUUGUUCAGCUGUGAGAACACUGUUAUCUCCAUUGAUGGCUUACAACUGGACUACAGAGAGUCCCACAGAUUCAGCUUGGACAGUGGACUGGAUCGAGGAGAUGUUUCACUCACCAUAAAAGCUGCUCAGAAGAGCGACGCCGGGAUGUACGUCUGCCGUAUCGAGAUUCCUGGUCUUUUCAAUGACAUCAGUUACAACGUUUAUCUUUUUAUCAGCAAUGGACUAGAUCCAAAGAGAGUUGUCUCCGAAACCCAACUGGCCCCUACAACAACAAAGCAGGAAAAACAAGUCCACCAUGUGUCAGACUCCACCACACUCAUUACUGAGCUUUAUCUCAUAUCAGAAAAGAUGACCACAGAUGGUACUGAUGUCCGCAUGGCUGAAGUCAAAUCAGUGGCUCACACUGAGAAAACAAUGGAAACAUUUAUCAUAACUACAGUAAGAGUGGGGGCUAUUAUUUUCAUCCCAGGAUUGAUCAUCACACUUCUCCUCAGACUGCGGCGCUUCAGAGAACAAACCAGCAGCAGGACAAUGUAAAAAUUCUGCUAUGGAUAUGCUUUGUUUGAUGUCACUAUGACUCUAUACAGACCACAAGCAUGGUGACGUGGACCUUUUCCUUUUUCUUUUGUUUUGGGGUUAAUUCUCAGUGCCUGAUGUUUGUAAUAUAAUUAAUCAAUUAUUAAUCUAAAUCUGAGAUAAUGUAUAUUGUGUUGUUGUUUUUCAGAUUUUUUUUAUUGUAACAUGACAUAUGUAGCAUGCAUCUUCAUUUGCCAAGCUAUUCUGUAAAAAGCUUACCAAAAUGUAACUCUAAUUGUGUGUCACGCAUCUUUUUCUCAGAAAUCA